CAGACAUGAGUUGCAUAUAUGCUCCAUACAUAGCUCAAAGAUCUGCAGAAAGAUAGAUGUGGAGUCUCUCAAAGCAGUCUAUUUUUCUCACCUUUCUUCUCCACUUCUUCCUGCAACCGCCAUGGUUGCUGCACGCUCUCAAGCAGACCGAACCACCAACAAAGAUAUACAUUGUUUACCUUGGGGAGAGACAACACGAUGAUGCUGAUCUCAUCACCGAUUCCCAUCAUGACAUGCUCGCCUCUGUUCUCGGAAGCAAAAAGGAGGCUCUCGAGUCGAUUGUGUACAGCUACAGAUACAGUUUCUCGGGCUUCGCUGCAAGGCUCACAAAAGCACAGGCGACCAAGAUACGAGGGCUGCCUGGUGUGGUGAGCGUGAGAGAGAACCAAAUCCACCGGUUGCAUACCACUCGAAGCUGGGAUUUCCUUGGAAUGGACUACAGGCAGCCAAAUGGCCUACUUGCCACAGCUAAUUCUGGGGAUGGAAUCAUCAUUGGUGUGAUUGACACAGGUAUCACACCGGAGUCAGCAAGCUUCAGCGACGAAGGAUAUGGGCCCCCACCAUCGAAAUGGAAAGGCAUCUGCCAAGUGGGCCCCUCCUUCGGUGCCGAGAGCUGCAACCGGAAGCUCAUCGGCGCACGGUGGUACAUCGACGACGACGCCCGGAGCAGGAUGGACAGCGACGAGGUCCUCUCCCCCCGGGACGUCCAAGGCCACGGCACGCACACGGCGUCGACGGCCGGCGGCAACGUCGUCCGCAACGCCAGCGUCGUCGGGCUGGCCGCCGGGACGGCUCGCGGCGGAGCGCCCCGCGCGCGGAUAGCCGUCUACAAGGCCUGCUGGAAAGGAGGCGGCUGCUCCGGCGCCGGCCAGCUGAAGGCCAUGGACGACGCCGUCCAUGACGGCGUCGACGUGCUGUCGCUCUCCCUCGGCAGCCCGUUCGAGGAUCCCGGCACGCUGCAUGUGGUCGCCAAGGGCAUCCCGCUCGUGUACGCCGCCGGGAACGACGGGCCCAUCGCUCAGACGGUGGAGAACUCGUCGCCGUGGCUGCUCACGGUUGCUGCAACCACCAUGGAUCGCUCCUUCCCUGUGGUUAUCACCUUGGGAAAUAAUGACAACUUUGUGGCACAAUCCGUGGUCUUUUCAGGAGAGCCAGCAAGUGAGUUCACUGAGAUACACUCUUACACGGGUGAAGACUGCAAUGCCGAGAACAUCGACCGCAAGGUGAAGGGGAAGAUUGUGUUCUGCUUCAUAGAGAAGUACGACGAGCAGCCGAACUACUACAGCAUCGCAAAGUCAGUGAAAGAGCAAGGAGGCGUUGGGGUGAUCUUGCCUCAGUACAACACCGACUUGGUUCUGGGGGACACCAUUCUGGUGUCUGUUCCCUUUGUCGCUGUUGACUACGAGAUCGCCUACAGGAUUAACGAGUACAUAGAAAGUGAUAACGACCCAAAAGUGAAGAUAUCACAAACCCGAAGAACAAUCGGAACUGAAGUAUCUGCCCCACAAGUAGCAGUUUUCUCGUCCAGAGGGCCUAGUCCUAUCUAUCCUGGGGUCCUCAAGCCAGACAUUGCUGCACCAGGGGUUGCGAUUUUAGCGGCCUCACCAAAGACACCAUCUUAUAGUGGUAUUCCAUAUCAUUUUGAUUCUGGGACAUCCAUGGCUUGCCCCCAUGUGUCUGGAAUCGUUGCGGUGCUCAAGUCCCUGCAUCCUGAAUGGUCACCUGCUGCCCUCAAAUCUGCAAUCAUGACUACAGCGCUUAGCUAUGACAACAACGGGAUGCCGAUUCAGGCUAAUGGAAGAGUUCCAAAGAUCGCCGAUCCUUUCGAUUACGGAGCAGGUUUCGUGAACCCCAACAUGGCAGCCGACCCAGGCCUCAUCUACGAUAUCAACCCAGCAGAUUACUUCAAGUUCUUCAACUGCAUGGGAGGACUAGGCUCCGGCGACAACUGCACCACGGCGAAAGGCUCAGUCGCCGACCUGAACCUGCCAUCCAUCGCCAUCCCGAACCUCAGGACGUUCCAGGCCGCCACGCGCACCGUCACCAACGUCGGCGGCCAGGUGAACGCCGUCUACAGGGCGUUCCUGCAGGCGCCCGCCGGCGUCGAGAUGGCCGUCGAGCCGCCGGUGCUGGUGUUCUCCAAGGAGAGGAGGGUGCAGAGCUUCAGGGUGACCUUCAGGGCGACGAGGAGGGUGCAGGGUGACUACAGGUUUGGGAGCUUGGCGUGGCACGACGGCGGGAGCCACUGGGUUCGCAUCCCCAUUGCUGUUCGCAUCGUGAUAGAUGACAUCUACUCCAAGAUUUCCUAGCUGAUUUGAUCGAUCGACAUUGUUAGCUGAUCAAACAGUCACUGGUACCUACAAAUGAAGGCGCAGAUCGAUUCAAAUGCUAUGGUAGCAUUGCUAUGUGUCACAUGUCUGUUCUGAAUAAUGCAGUUUCUAUGUGGUUAAAGCCACAGUCAAAACUUAUUUAUUUAUAUGCAUGCAAGUAAUAAAUAAAAAAGUGGCUGGUGCAUUUUCGACAACAACUACAACA